AGGACCAGCAGGCAUAGGGCUAAGGCAAUGCAGGUACCAUGCCUGAAGCCGCCUGCCAAGGGCUGUGGAGACGGAGACCUGGACCACCACGCAGCAUCAUGCCCACCCCCGGCGCUGCCACACUGCAGCCCAAGGGCUUCCGAAGGGCCGUCUCAGAGCUGGAUGCCAAGCAGGCUGAGGCCAUCAUGUCACCACAGUUCAUCGGGCGUCGGCAGAGCCUCAUUGAGGAUGCUCGCAAGGAGCGGGAGGCGGCAGCGGCGGCGGCAGCAGCUGCAGUGGCCUCCUCGGAGCCCGGGGACCCCCUGGAGGCGGUGGUCUUUGAGGAAAAGGAGGGGAGAGCCAUGCUGAACCUGCUCUUCUCCCUUCGGGGCUCCAAGCUCUCUCCACUGUCCCGGGCCGUCAAGGUGUUUGAGACAUUUGAAGCUAAAAUCCACCACCUGGAGACCCGUCCAGCCUCAAGGCCACGGGCUGGUGGCCCCCACCUGGAAUACUUUGUGCGCUUUGAGGUGCCCAGUGGGGACCUGCCUGCUCUGCUUAGCUCCGUGCGCCGGGUGUCGGAUGAUGUGCGCAGUGCCAAGGAGGACAAGGUCCCCUGGUUCCCACGAAAGGUGUCAGAGCUGGACAAGUGUCACCACCUGGUCACCAAGUUUGACCCUGACCUGGACAUGGACCAUCCGGGCUUCUCAGACCAGGUGUAUCGCCAGCGCCGGAAGCUGAUUGCCGAGAUCGCCUUCCAGUACAAGCACGGUGAGCCGAUCCCCCAUGUGGAGUAUACUGCUGAAGAGAUCACUACCUGGAAAGAGGUCUACACCACGCUGAGGAGCCUCUAUGCCACCCACGCCUGCCGGGAGCACCUGGAGGGCUUCCAGCUGCUGGAGCGCUUCUGCGGCUACCGUGAGGACAGCAUCCCGCAGCUGGAGGAUGUAUCGCGGUUCCUGAAGGAGCGGACCGGCUUCCAGCUGCGGCCCGUGGCCGGCCUGCUAUCUGCCCGGGACUUCCUGGCCAGCCUGGCCUUCCGCGUGUUCCAGUGUACCCAGUACAUCCGCCACGCCUCCUCGCCCAUGCACUCACCUGAACCGGAUUGCUGCCACGAGCUGCUGGGGCACGUGCCCAUGCUGGCUGACCGCACGUUUGCCCAGUUCUCCCAGGACAUUGGCCUCGCAUCCCUGGGGGCUUCAGAUGAAGAAAUUGAGAAGUUGUCCACUGUGUACUGGUUCACGGUGGAGUUUGGGCUGUGCAAACAGAAUGGAGAGCUGAAGGCCUACGGGGCUGGGUUGCUUUCCUCCUAUGGGGAGCUCCUGCACUCCCUGUCUGAGGAGCCUGAGAUCCGGGCCUUCGACCCGGAUGCUGCCGCUGUCCAGCCCUACCAAGACCAGACCUACCAGCCAGUCUACUUCGUGUCAGAGAGCUUCAGUGAUGCUAAGGACAAGCUCAGGGGCUACGCCUCUCGAAUCCAGCGCCCCUUCUCUGUGAAGUUUGACCCCUACACACAGGCCAUUGAUGUGCUGGACAGUCCCCACACCAUCCGACGCUCCCUGGAGGGUAUCCAGGAUCAGCUGCACACCCUGGUCCACGCAAUGAGUGCCAUCAGCUAGGUGCAAGUGCAUGACCCCACGGCCCCGGGGGCCUGCUCUGGAGUGUCCCACCAACCCUCCCUUGGCUCCUGUCCUGCCCCAGAGCUCAGGCCCAAGUAAAGGCUGGGUCAUGAGCACCCCAGACCCACGGAUGACUGGAUUCCCUUUCACCCUCCUCCCCCUGGGCCCCUGCUGAGCUCCCCUGCUGCUUUCUAGCACCAUGGCUGCUGUGUGUACCUGUAAGAUCCUGUCCUGCUGCCACCUGAGCCCCAGGGCCAUGGGCUGGCCCUGCACUCCCCCACCACCCCAUCUCUCCACCACACUGUUCACUGAUUCAAUAAAAGAAAGA